UGUUGCAAUAACUAUACAAUAUGUUGCAACAACUAUACAAUAUGUUGCACAUUGCUUCAGUUAUUUGGUUGUGUUUGUAGAAGAUAUACAACACCUUAAUCACUUAUUCAACAACUGAAGAAUCUGUUGCAACAACCUAUUCACUUGUUGCAACAGUUACAUCAUUUAUUGCAACAAAUUCUUCAGUUGUUUGGGAAUUCUGUUACUUGUUGUAUUUUGUUUUAUCAAAUGCUGCACUUAUUAUUAUCUGUUUACUUUGAAUGAUGCACUAAUCAGUUGAAGCUUUUUUUUUCCUCCUGUGUGUAGAUAAAAUGUCUCCAGCCAAAAGAAAAGUUGAGAAAUCAACUGAGGGUCAUAGAGAUAAUAAAAAAGCUAGAGUGCAAUCAUCAUUAGAGAAUCUUGCUGAUUUAGCAAAAUCUAUUGUUGAAUCAGCAAAUAUAGAGGACAGAGACAGCCAAACUGACAAUCAAUCCUCAGAAAGAGAGGAAGUACAGAGCCAAGAAGCAGUAGAUAUAAAUGAACAAAGUGAAGAAGAAUUAGAAGCUGAAGAAACUGCUGAUGGAGUAGAUGGAUUGGAUGAAGAUGAUGAAAAGGGCAGUGCUUCCAAAAAUACAGUUCAAUUGUCGACGUUCAUAGCUGAAUUAAGAACAAAGAAGAGAAAUAGUGUGAAUGCCAAUUUAAUUGCAGAAUCUUCUAGUAGAUUGGACAUAGAUCAUAACAGACCUUCCAUUGCUGAGGUCGUCAAGGUUUUCAGUAUUGACAAGUAUGCCGUGAGGAUGCCAUUGAAUGAAAAUAAUGAUUUGACCGUUGAUCUUACGGUCAAAUCAGGCAUGAGCAAGAACUUUGAUAUGUUUAGGCUAAUUCUUAAAAAGCAGGGGUUGGAGGAUUUCUUUAGGAAAAGCUGUUUUGGGGUGUAUGUGGAUCUGCCUGAAGAGACCGGUGCACGGUUUCAAAUGAAAAUGGUAUAUGGGCUUAUGAAGCGUAGAAUUCUUUCGGAUGCAAAGGAUGAGCUUUGGAUUAAUUACUGUGGCAUGCCGGUGUGCUUUGGCUUGAAAGAGUUUGCCAUAGUUACUGGCCUUAGAUGUCAUCCUUGUGAGCUUCCUACUGUUGUAUUGAAUAAGCCAGCCCGGACUACCAAGACAGCCAAAGAAGCCAAGAAAGUAGGAAAGGGUGGAAAAGAUAAGAAUGAAACUGGUUUGGUGGAGUUAGUUGGAAAAAGCUACAAAGGAGAUAAGCUCCUUGUAGAUUUGCAGUCCAAAACCAUGUCAAAAAAGCAUAAGCAGUCCUUGUGUUUAGUUUGGUUUGUGCACUGUGUUCUUAUGGCAAAAGAUACAAGUCUGAACAUACCACUUGGUUUGCUUAAACUUGCGGAGGACUAUGAGGCAUUCAACAACCAUGGAUGGGGCCGGGAAAGCUUCAAGUUGACUGUUGACUAUUUAUCGAAAGAGCUUAAGCCAACAGUGAAGACAUUCAAUUUAUAUGGCUUCCCUUUGGCUUUCAUGGCUUGGGCAUUUGAAGCCAUUACUCACCUCCGACAACAAGUGAAGGACUACCCUUCAGAAGUGUCUUUUCCAAGAAUGCUUAGAUGGCUGACUGCAAAGAGCAACACAAGAUUGAGUGUUGAUCUUUUUAACCCUCCUUUGGAAGAGGUUGUGCACCCGUGGCUUGUCCCGACAGUACGGGAGUUGGAGAUGCCAUUCCUUGCUUCCUUUGAGCCAUUACAAUCUGUUCCUGAUAAAAUGAUUGAGGGGAUGAAAUUAGAAUUGGCUGGAGUGACAACCAUCAAAAGGGAAUCAGUUGUGGUAGAUGUUGAUGGUGGUGGUGUUAUUGCUGGUGGUCAACCUACUGUUGAUGACGUUGCGGCAGAAAUUGCUGGUGAAAAAAUAAUAGAUGAUGAUGUUGAUUUUGGUAGACAAACUCCAAUUGGUGGUGUUGUUGGUGGACAAACUCCAAUUGGUGGUGAUGUCGGUGGACAAACUCCAAUUGAUGGAGAUGUUAGUUGUGGCGGAUUUGGUGGUAGAUUUUCCUUUGUUGGUGCCGACACAUCGAAAUGUGCUUGUGAAUGCACCUAUUGCAAGCAGCGAAUGGAUGAUUUGAUAAAUAAUGUUGAGGAGUUGGUGAAGGUACAAAAAGACACAAAUUCUGCUUUACAAAGUUUGUUAUCCAAGAGGGGUGUCAAUCUAUCCAAGAAGCUGACCUCACCCUAUACUCCUAUUCGCAUUCGCAAGAAGGGAAAAGCAAUUUCCAAGGCACUUGCCAAUGUUAGGUCAAGGAAAUCUUCUACACCCCACAAGGCAACUGAUGUUGUGGAUUUUAAAAAGGUAAAUGUGUAUAAGCAUGCAGAUGCUCAAAAAAUGAAAAAGCUUGAAAAAUUCGUCAAUGCCAAGAAGAGCAAGGGUACGAUGUAUUCAUUGCAUGAAUUUAAGGCCGAUGACUUCAGGAUAAUGACAAGCAUGGAAGCUUGGUGGCUGGCUAGUUAUGUUGAUGAAAUUAUGCUCUUAAUGCGUGUGAGGCAAAGCACUUUCACUGAGCACUAUGCUUCCACAUAUAUAAUCUUGGAUCUCAACUUCUACAAUAUCAUGCUCAAGCGAUACACAAAGUUGUCGGAUGAGAGCACACAGCCGGAAGCUAUUCCAUUCAAUCAAAUGCUUGAUGAUUUUAUAUGGGAUGAUGAUGCUAUCGCUUACUGUAGAGGUAGUGCACCAGCCAAAGGUGGUCGCGAGUGGGUUGGUGCCAAAAGGGUGCUUACUAUCAUGAACAUAAAUGUCAGACAGUUUGUCACCCUCGAAUUCAUAAUUGAGGAGGAGGUGAUAAAUGUUUAUGACUGCAACGUCCCAAAAAUCCAAGAGGAUGAGUUCUUCAUCCACAUCCAGCCAGUCAUUGAAUUAUGGCCGAAACUACUGAAGCAGAGUGGCAUGUUUGAACGCUUGCCUGAAAAGCUGCUCAACGAAGCUUGGAAAUUUGUGCUGAAGGAGAAUCUCCCCCGCAAUGAAUCUGCAAUGGCAUGCGGAUCGUAUUCACUUGCUUUUACUGAGCAUUUGCUUAUUGGCACUAACAUGAUGAAGCCUGAGACUUUAUUGUGCGACAACUCAGUGGCGAGGAUGCAGUGGCGGUGGGCAGUGGGUGUGAUAGAUAAAUUUUUGGAGCCCUGAGCUGGCUGUUUAACAAAUUACUACUUGAACAAUUUUUUUUUUUUAUCCUUGUUAUUAUUUAUGAAUGUUGUUGCAACAAAUGCAACAGAUAGUACAGUUGUUAACAAAGU